CGUGUUACGUUGCGUAGCACGGUAGUGAACAUACGAUACUCCUCAUCGUUCCUAUUGGAUUUCGAUCAUUUACAGUUCGGCAAGUAACGCGAUCGGUCGUCUCGCUGUUGUUUACUCGCGACGGACAAACAAAAAAUCGUCUCGAGGAAAGCGCACACUACCAGCGUGUUGGAAAACUUUCACCUUUGAAGAAUUGCUAAACUGUUGCGUGUUACCAACAACAUUCGCCAAUUUGCCGGAAUAUCGUUGCGUUUGAUCGUCAACGGUAGUGGCCAUGGAAAGCAUGUUCUGAAAAGAAGCAACAGUGUUACGCGACAUACGAUCGGUGUGGAAAGGGCAAUGAUCUUCGCCAGUGUUUGUGUUGUGUGACCAACCCGAUUUUGUUUUGCCGAAACGCAUGAUUUGAUUUCGUUUGCUAGAAGGCGAAAUCAAGGCUCUAACCAAUCGUCCUAAUAAAAGUGAUAAGAGAAAGUCUUCGUCUACAUGGUGUUCGUUUGUAAUAAUGGUUAAAAGUGCCGUGAAACAAGUGCGUGUUUGAAUUGAUAUUCAUUGGCGAAGGGAGAGAGGAAAACGAAGAAGAAAAUCAGAUUUACGUGACCCACUUCGCUGGUCGGUCGCUUUGGGUGUGUGUGUGUGUGUGUGCGGGUGUGCGCGCUCAAUCGUGGAAUCUCGGAUGUUUGUUUACGUUUGGAAUCAUUGAUUUCCAUUUCGGAGUUGAAUAUUGAACGGAACUCGCCAUCAAUCGGAUUGACCAUGGAAUCACUAAAAAGUGGUGAUGCCAAAACGAAGGAGGUCACAACGGCCGGCACCGCAGCGGCUGCUCCAACCGUGAUGACCGAAGCAACGAGGAAAAAUAUAGAUUUCAUCGCGAAGAAUUUGUUGGCAGGCGGCAUCGCUGGAAUGUGCUCCAAAACGGCAGUGGCUCCGUUGGAUCGGAUAAAGAUUCUGCUGCAGGCCCAUUCGAUCCACUACAAACAUCUGGGGGUAUUUAGUGGACUGAAACACAUCGUGAAGAAGGAAUCCUUCUUCGCUCUGUACAAAGGAAAUGGCGCCCAAAUGGUGCGGAUAUUUCCGUACGCCGCCACACAGUUUACCGCUUUCGAGAUUUACAAAAAGUAUCUAGGGAAAAUAUUAGGCACCAAUCUGCCUAUCAAGCACUCGGAUAAGUUUGUGGCUGGCGCGGGAGCAGGAGUCACGGCCGUUACCCUAACCUAUCCCCUAGACACCAUCCGAGCCCGGCUAGCGUUUCAGGUUACCGGAGAGCACCGGUACAAUGGAAUUGUGCACACGGCAGUUUCCAUAUUCAAGACUGAAGGUGGCAUCCGGGCACUGUACCGGGGCUUCGUACCCACCCUGAUGGGUAUGGUUCCAUACGCCGGGUUUUCGUUCUACUGUUUCGAGAUGUUAAAGUUCGUCUGUAUGAAGUAUACACCCGCGUGGACGUGUGACAAAUGCGAAAGGAAUACCGGUGGUCUUGUACUGUCGGUACCAGCGAAGCUGCUGUGCGGUGGGUUUGCCGGUGCGGUGGCCCAAUCCUUCUCCUAUCCACUGGAUGUGACCCGACGGAGAAUGCAGCUGGCGAUGAUGAACCCUGAGACGGCCAAGUUUGGCAUGGGUAUGUUCAGCACCCUGGCGAUCAUCUACCGAGAGAAUGGCAUCAUAAAGGGCCUCUACCGGGGCAUGUCCAUCAACUAUCUCCGAGCGAUUCCAAUGGUGGCGGUAUCCUUCAGUACGUACGAAGUGAUGAAGCAGACACUCAAUCUGGACACGGGCAUGAAAGUCUAAGACAAUAUGCGUAAAAACACGACAAAACCAUGGCCUUCAACUGCAGGAACAACGCCUACGGGUGUGUUAGGGACACUAGGGAAUGCAAUGAGUGCGUGGGUGCGUGAGUGAAUGCGGCAUAGCGAUAGGUUAGCGGAAGCCUAACACCCAGACAACGUUCUAUCUCACACGCGCUCGAACCUUACCGGGACAACUACUGCUGAAAGAGCACUUUACUAUGCAUUUACGAACACAGCUGACAAGUUUUUUUUGUUUUAUUUCGUUUGAAUCCCUUCCCAACGUUUUGAUCCUAAUGACACUCGUAUUUAUUUUAUCCUUCUCUUACCACUUGACUAGCUCAAUUUAGGGGACUAUUUUUCACUCUCUUUCUUACAUAGUUAGGAUUAGGCAAAAUAUGGUGUAGGCACAAUUUGGUAGUAGAUUCGUACUUAAAGUUAGCCAGUUUUAACUUUCUAGAUAAAAAAUGAGAAUGUAGUUGCUGUGCAGAACGAAAUUCAGUUCUUCAGUCUUUAUCGGGCCAGAGCGAUAAAGUUUCAACCUAGAAGAUACAAACAAGGAAAUAUUACUCAUUCAAAUACGAUCAGAUGUAAAUACUCGACCAAGUUCAAUAAAAACGGCUUCCAUUAUUAUUGUUUGUUA